AUGAAAAUAGAGAUAGAGAUAGAGGAGAUAGAGAUAGAGGUAGCGAUAGGGGUAGAGAUAAAGAUAAAGAUAGAGAUAGAGAUGACGAUAGCGAUAGAGGUAGAGGUAGAGAUAGAGGUAGAGAUAGAGGUAGAGAUAGAGAUAGAGAUAGAGAUAGCGAUAGCAGGUAGAGAUAAAGAUAGAGAUAGAGGUAGAGAUAGAGAUAGAGGUAGAGGUAGAUAUAGAGAUAUAGAUAGAGAUAGAGGUAGAGAUAGAGGUAGAGGUAGAUAUAGAGAUAGAGGUAAAGAUAGAGAUAGAGAUAGAGGUAGAGGUAGAGGUAGAGAUAGAGAUAGAGAUAGAGGUAGAGGUAGAGAUAGAGAUAGAGAUAGAGAUAAAGAUAAAGAUAAAGAUAGAGAAGGGGAUAGAGAUAGAGAUAGAGAUAGAGGUAGAGAUAGAGAUAGAGAUAGAGGUAGGGAUAGAGAUAGAGAUAGAGAUAGAGAUAGAGGUAGAGGUAGAGGUAGAGAUAGAGAUAGAGAUAGAGAUAGAGAUAGAGAUAGAGGUAGAGGUAGAGAUAUAGAUACAGAUGCGGAUAAAGAUAGAGAUAGAGGUAGAGAUAAAGAUAGAGGUAGAGAUAAAGAUAGGUAG